UACACACACACAAAAAAAAAAAAUUACAAUGGGAGUUUUGGUUGUGAAAUUGGUUUUGAUAUGCUCAUUUUUUAAAUCAAUGUUCAUUUUCUGUUCUAACUCCUUCAUGCAACUAAACCAUCCCUUAACCACGAGACUCGAAGGGAAUGUGACGGAUAGGCUGGCACUACUAGCAAUCAAAGCUCAAAUACAACACGAUCCCAACCAGGUCACAAGCUCAUGGAAUGAAUCCCUUCAUUUUUGCCAGUGGCACGGCAUCACCUGCAGUCGACAACAUGGCCAAAGGGUGACAAAGUUGGAGCUCGGGUCUCUAGCGUUGGUGGGAUCCAUAUCUCCACACAUAGGAAAUCUAAGCUUCUUAAGAGUCCUCGAUCUCCGGAACAAUAGCUUCACUCAUCAAAUCCCUCCUCAAAUUGGGCAUUUGCAUAGAUUGCAGGUAUUGCUUCUACUCAAUAACUCACUUACUGGCACCAUUCCUGCCAAUAUAUCCAAUUGCUUUGAACUCAUCACUCUCUUCCUUAGUAGAAACAAUCUAGUAGGUAAAAUUCCUCCCAAACUGAGUUCCUUGUCAAAGCUUCAGAGUUUUGUUUUGCAAAACAAUAAUUUAACAGGAGAGAUCCCUCCUUCUUUGGGGAACCUUUCGUCUCUCGAGCGGAUUGGUUUAGGUUAUAACAACUUAGAAGGAAGCAUCCCCAGUUCUCUAUGCCAGUUGAAAAAAUUAACAGUUUUCUCUUUGGCCAUAAAUAGGUUGUCUGGUAUCAUCCCUUCAUGCAUUUAUAACCUCUCUGGUAUAGUUCAAUUCGAGAUAUUACUAAACCAAAUUCAAGGAAGUCUUCCUUCAAACUUGGGCACUAAAGUUUUUCCCAACCUUCAAAUCUUUUCCAUUGAUGAGAAUCAAUUUACUGGGGCCAUCCCUUGGUCAAUAUCCAAUGCAACAAAUCUUGUGUGGUUUCAAUGUGCAUCAAACAAACUCACUGGACAGGUGCCAAAUUUACGAAAUCUUCAUAACCUUGUGGUAUUCGAUGUCAAAGAUAAUAAUCUUGGAAGCGGUAAACAUGGUGACUUGAGUUUUGUCUCAGAAUUGAUCAAUGCCACACAGCUUAGGUGGUUGGACUUCUCAAGCAACAAUUUUGGAGGGACGUUGCCCACAUCAAUAUCCAAUCUCUCAACCAAUCUCCAAAUGCUUUUUCUUCAAGGAAACCGCCUACAGGGAAGCAUCCCAACUGGGUUAGGGAAUCUUGUGAACUUGCAAGGACUACGUAUGGGUGAAAACAACUUCACAGGUAGCAUUCCCACAGAUAUUGGGAAAGUUUUAAGGCUCGGGAAAAUUUAUCUUGGGAACAACAAAUUAUACGGGAGCAUUCCGUCUUCUCUUGGAAAUUUAACAGAGUUAACCAUUCUUGACUUGUCAGGAAAUAAUCUUAAUGGCAUCAUCCCUUCCAGCCUAGGAGAAUGUCACGAGUUGCUAGAGUUGGAUCUUUCUCAAAAUAACUUAGAUGGCAGAAUACCUCAACAAUUACUUAUUGGUCUCCUUGCUUUAUCAAUUUCUUUAAACUUGUCAAGAAACCAAUUUACUGGUUCCCUUCCCGUUGAGAUUGGAAAGUUGAAGAAUCUAGCUGCCCUCGAUUUCUCUUACAACAUGUUAUCAGGACAACUUCCUAGUAGCCUCGGCAGUUGUGGGAGUUUGGAAGUCCUACACUUACAAAAUAACUUUUUGGAAGGGCUCAUUCCUUCAUCUAUGAAGGAAUUGAGAGGGAUUCGAGAUUUAGACCUUUCAUUCAAUAAUUUGUCAGGAGAUAUUCCAGAGUUUUUCGAGCAUUUUGGAAAGCUAGAGAAUCUAAACCUAUCCUUUAAUCAAUUUUGGGGAGUAGUACCAACAGACGGUGUUUUUAGGAAUGCAAGUGCGACUUCAGUUGCUGGAAACACAAGACUCUGCGGCGGUAUUGCUAAUCUUCAACUUCCUGUGUGCAAGCUUAAAGAGUCUAAAGGAGGAGAAUUGUCUCGUAGAAUGAAACUGGUGAUCUCUUUAGUUUCCGGGUUCACUCUGUUGGGGCUGGCUGUGGUGCUUGCUCUUUUCCUUCUUCGUAAGAAAAGGAAAGAAACUGAAUUAAGCACUUUUGAGAACUCAGUUUUGCAAGUUUCAUAUGCUACUCUUCUAAAAGCUACUGACGGGUUCACUUCAGCUAAUUUGAUUGGUGUGGGUGCUUUUGGGUCUGUUUACAAAGGAGUUCUUGCGGAUGAUAGAGUUGUCGCUGUGAAGGUGCUUAACAUGUUACACCAGGGAGCAUCUAAGAGUUUCAUGGCCGAAUGUGAGGCGUUGAGAAAUAUCAGGCAUCGAAAUCUGGUCAAGAUCUUAACUGCAUGUUCAAGUAUUGAUUUCAGCGGUAAUGAUUUCAAGGCUCUUGUUUACGAGUUCAUGGAGAACGGUAGCUUAGAGGAUUGGUUGCAUCCAUCCACUGGAAAUGAAGAGCUGAUAGAAGCACCCAAAAGUUUAAGUCUUGUUCAGAGGCUCGACAUUGCCAUUCAUAUUGCUUAUGCAUUGGAUUAUCUUCACAAUCAUUGUGAAACACCGAUAGUUCAUUGUGAUCUCAAGCCAAGUAAUGUUCUUUUGGACAAAGAUUUGACUGGACAUGUUUCUGACUUUGGGCUGGCAAGGUUUCUCUCAGAACCAACCAAUGUUUCUAGAAAUCAAUCAAUCUCCAUCGGAAUCAGAGGAUCAAUUGGUUAUGCUGCUCCAGAGUAUGGUAUGGGAAGUGAAGUUUCAAUAUAUGGGGAUGUCUACAGCUUUGGCAUUCUCCUGUUAGAAAUGUUUACAGGGAAGAAACCCACCGAUCACAUGUUCAGUGAUGGCUUCAAUCUUCAUUAUUAUGUGAAGACAGCUCUCCCUAAACGUGUUGCAGACAUUGCAGAUCCACUAAUUCUUCAAGGAGGCAAUAUCAAUGUUGAAGAAUCUCACAACCUCUCGAGCUUGAGAGCACAGAAAAUUGAAGAGUGCUUGACUUUGAUAUUUGGAAUUGGAAUUGCCUGUUCGGUUGAAUCUCCAACAACCAGAAAAGAUAUCAGUGAUGUUGCAUCUGAAUUGCACUCAGUUAGGAACAAUCUUCUUGACUAGAACCUUCUAUGUUACAACUGGAUUAUGAAGGCUUUUGUAUGUGAUGUUUGCUAUGUUACUACUGCGUCUUGUAUUUAGUGUGUAACUGUGUGUUUGAGGCCUUGAGCCCUCAAUGUAAUUAAAAGAAUAAAAGAGAGUAACAUCUUGUAUAAAUCUAUUAUAUUACCCUAAAUCUGAACAUAUUAUCCCAGCAGGUGAUGAGAAAGCAAGCUGUAUUAGUUCA